ACAAUAUUGACGUGCAACAGGUGAGAUAGACAUUUAUGACUGUGGUUUAUGACUGACUGCGCAUAUUAGAGUGACAGCAUCAGAGCCACAUGUGAAGAUAAGCUAUGUCUGAAAAGCAGCCAUAUGCACUGGGUAUUGACAUUGGGACUACAUCAGUGAAGGUGUCUGUGCUGGACAUAGUGUCACAGGAAACCGUCUGCUCAACCUCCCAGAAGUCAGCAGCAGAAACUGUCAGUGAUGUUGGCCAUCUUGGAUUCGAGCAGGACCCAAACAAAAUUCUGCAGGCAUUGAGUGAAUGCAUCACAAAGAUCCCAGCCAGCGCCAAAAAGCAAGUUGUUGGGAUUGGAGUCACAGGACAGAUGCAUGGACUCAUGUUGUGGAAGAGCGAGGAGGUUACCGAGGCAACUGAUCUAAACACAGAGGUCGUCACCAGUCCUCUCUACACAUGGAUGGACCAGCGCUGCACCCCGGACUUCCUGGCCACCCUCCCUGCUCCCUCGUCCCACCUACAGCUAGCCACGGGGCAUGGCUGUGCCACGUUGUUCUGGCUGACUCGACACAAGGGGGAGGUCAUCACUGACCGGGGCUACAACUGUAGUGGGUCAGUGAUGGACUAUGUUGUAGCCAGACUCUGUGGCUUGAAGAACCCAGUCACUUCGGUCCAAGUGGCAGCUAGUAUGGGAUACUUCAACACAGUGCAGUCAUCUUGGAACACAGACAUACUGUCUGAGAAUGGCUUCCCGACUGACCUGUUGGCGAAGGUCGUGCCGGCAGGGGCAGUAGCUGGUCAGCUGCAGCAUCCAUGGCUGGGCAUCCUGCCACACAUCCCAGUCUAUGCCGCCCUGGGGGACGUGCAGUGUGCCUUUCUGUCCAUCCUCCAAGACCCUGCCGAUGCAGUCCUCAACCUGAGCACGUCAAUUCAAAUGGGCUAUGUUGUCAAGGGAGACAACUCUGUGAGGUCUGACUGUCUGAAGGAGAAGCCCUGUACUCUUGAUUACUUUCCUUACUUCGGUGACGAGUACCUCGCCCUAAGUGCUGGUCUGAAUGGAGGCAACGUACUGCAACACUUUAUGUCAAUGCUGCAGGGAUGGUGCUCGGAGUUUGGAUUUGCUUUGUCGGAAGCUGACAUGUGGGCUAAGCUCAAUGACACUGCUUUGAAAUCAGAAAGGAGCAGCUUGUCCAUUACACCAACCCUGUACGGAGAGCGCCAUCAACCUUCCCUGAAAGCAAGCAUUACAGGAAUAACCAGCAGUAAUACCUCCCUUGGUGAGGUGUACAGAGGCCUGUGUGAUUCUAUCAUAGACAAUCUACAUACACUGAUGCCAGCUCAGUUUUUGACAGAAUUGGGCCAUGUGAAACGGAUUCUGGCAAGUGGGUCAGUUAUUACCAAUAACCCAAUUGUUCAAUCCAGACUGGAGCUGGUGUAUAAGGGUAUUCCUAUUGUGUAUGGACAGUCAGGUGAUUCAGCCAUAGGAGCUGCCAAGAUUGUCAAACACUGAUUUUAUGUAUAAUUAGGGGUGGGUAUUGCAGGGAAUUUUCAUAUUGCGAUAUAUUGUGAUACGAAAGCAUGUAUUGCGAUAUGUAUUGCAAUAUAUUGCAAGAAGUUUUUUUUUUAACAAAAAACUACUUAUA